AUGCCGCGUCUCACGCAGUACAACUAUGUCUUUGCCAUAGGCACCUUCUUUGCCAUGCUCGAUGCAUACAACAACGGUGCUAAUGAUGUUGCCAACGCUUGGGCUACUUCUGUUUCCUCCCGUUCAGUUUCCUACCGCCAGGCCAUGAUCCUGGGUACCAUUUUCGAGAUGGUGGGUGCCAUCACUGUCGGUGCCCGUACCGCCGAUACCAUCAAGAACGGUAUCAUCCCUACCAGCGCCUUCAAGGGUGAUGCUGGUGUCCAAAUGUUGGCAUUCACCUGUGCCCUCGCUGGUGCCUCUCUCUGGGUCAUGUGGUGCACUAAGCACUCUGCCCACGUCUCGUCGUCCUACUCGCUCAUCUCCUCGGUUGCUGGUGUCGGUGUUGCUGUCGCAGGUGCUUCUCAAGUCCAAUGGGGAUGGAACAAGGGCAAGGGUCUCGGUGCUAUCUUUGCUGGUCUCGGAAUGGCUCCCUUGGCCUCUGGAUGCUUCGGUGCAAUCAUCUUCAUGUUGAUCAAGCUCAUUGUCCACAUCCGCAAGAACCCCAUUCCAUGGGCCAUCUGGACCGCUCCCUUCUUCUUCCUCAUUGCUGGAACCAUUUGCACACUGUCCAUCGUCUACAAGGGAUCGCCCAACCUCGGUCUUAACAAGAAGCCCGCGUGGUAUGUCGCUACCGUCACCAUGUCUUGCGGUGUCGGUCUCGCCGCCCUAUCCUUCCUCUUCUUCGUCCCCUACCUUCACGCCAAGGUCGUUAAGCGUGACGCCAAUGUACGCUGGUGGCACGCACUUCAGGGACCUCUUCUGUUCAAGCGUCCCGCUCAAGACAACGCCGACGCUGCCGUUGUUCCCGACUACGCUGUCGUACAGGACGAUGAUGAGAUCACCCUCGAGCACAACAACAGCGACUCUGAGAUUGGCACUGGUGCUGAGAAGGGUACCGUCGUUCAGGAGCAGCGCCAGCUUACUUACAAGGAGCUCGUUCAGCAAGGUGAGGACCGCUUCCACGCCAAGCUCAGGGCUAAGACUGGACCUCUCGCCUGGGCUAUGCGCUACCUCCACGAGAACAAGAUCGAGACUGGUGAAAUCUACGAGAAGAAGAACAUGAUCAUCACUCUCAAGCGCAUUCCCGCCCAGCUCGUCGUCGGUGCUCUCUACGGUGUAAACUACGACAUCCACGCUGCUCAGAGUGGUAUCCACGGUACUCCCGAAGGAAAGCGUAUGGAGCGUGUCUACGGCCACGCCAAGAAGUACCCCAACGAGGUCGAGCACACCUACUCUUUCGUCCAAGUCAUCACUGCCUGUACUGCCUCUUUCGCUCACGGUGCCAACGAUAUCGGUAACGCUGUCGGUCCCUGGGCUGUCAUCUACAGCGCCUGGAACACCGGCGAGGCUUCCCGCUCCAAGGCUCCCGUCCCCAUCUGGCAACUCGCUGUCCUUUCUGCCACCCUGUCUCUCGGUCUCAUCACCUACGGUUACAACAUCAUGAAGGUCAUGGGUAACAAGAUCACCUACCACUCUCCCAGCAGAGGUUGCUCCAUGGAAAUGGGUGCCGCUCUUACCGUCCUCAUCUUCUCGCAAUACUCGCUCCCCGUCUCAACCUCCAUGUGCAUCACUGGUGCCACAGUCGGUGUCGGUCUCUGCAACGGUACUUAUAAGGCUGUCAACUGGCAGCGUGUUGGUCUCCUCGUCUUCUCCUGGAUCAUGACCAUUCCCAUUGCUGGUACGAUUGGUGGUCUUUCCAUGGGUAUCGUCCUUAAUGCUCCUCACUUUACUUCUUAA